AUGGCGCCUCUCGGUGAUACUGUUGCUCCUUUGGCCGCCGCCGCGGCGCCCGGCCUCGUCGUUUCCUUCGGUGAGAUGCUAAUUGACUUUGUGCCGGACGUGGCCGGCGUCUCGCUCGCUGAGUCCGGAUGCUUCGUCAAGGCGCCCGGGGGCGCGCCCGCCAACGUUGCAUGUGCCGUUUCCAAGCUCGGCGGCUCCUCCGCCUUUGUCGGCAAGUUUGGCGACGACGAGUUCGGCCACAUGCUGGUGGACAUCCUCAAGCAGAACGGCGUGAACGCGGAGGGCUGCCUCUUCGACCAGCACGCGCGCACCGCCCUGGCCUUCGUCACCCUCAAGUCCAACGGAGAGCGCGAGUUCAUGUUCUACCGCAACCCGUCCGCCGACAUGCUCCUCACCGAGGCGGAGCUCAACCUCGACCUCAUCCGCCGCGCCCGCAUCUUCCACUAUGGCUCCAUCUCGCUCAUCACCGAGCCCUGCCGCUCUGCCCACGUGGCCGCCAUGCGCGCCGCCAAGUCCGCUGGCAUCCUCUGCUCCUACGAUCCCAAUGUGCGCCUCCCGCUCUGGCCCUCCGCGCAGGCCGCACGUGACGGCAUCAUGAGCAUCUGGAAGGAGGCCGACUUCAUCAAGGUGAGCGACGAGGAGGUGGCCUUCCUCACCCAGGGCGACGCCCACGACGAGAAGAACGUCCUCUCCCUCUGGUUCGAGGGCCUCAAGCUGCUCGUCGUCACAGACGGCGAGAAGGGGUGCAGGUACUUCACCAAGGACUUCAAGGGCUCCCUGCCAGGGUACUCCGUCAACACGGUCGACACCACCGGCGCCGGCGAUGCCUUCGUUGGAUCCCUCCUCCUCAACGUCGCCAAGGACGACUCCAUCUUCUAUAACGAGGCCAAGCUGAGGGAGAUGCUGCAGUUCUCAAACGCUUGCGGGGCCAUUUGCACCACCAAGAAGGGAGCCAUCCCAGCGUUGCCCACCACCGCCACCGCCCUGGAGCUCAUCAGCAAGGGCACCAACUAGCUCGUCUCGGUGUCGCGACGUCCGCGUUGAAUCUUAGGAGAGUUUAGCUCCAUUUUUAUUAGGGAUGAUCUAAGUUUAGUUCGUGUGCCAGUCUUAAUAAAAAGCAAGCAUCUUGUGUAAUUAAGGAGGCUGCUGAUUGUUGUAGCCUUCACCCAAAAAUUUAUCAGAACCUUGAAUGCCUGGA